AUGAGUCAGCGGCGGCUGCGCCCACGAUCGGACUGCCUGUGUAAGCGUUGCCGCCGCGCCAGCAGCGCAUCCUGCCUCUCCUCGUCGCAGCCAAGGAUAGCCUAUGUGCAAGUGUCAAAACCGAGCCAGACGGCAGGUGUUGGGGACUGUGCGCAGCAAGCUGGUGCUCUUACGCAGGAGUCCCAGCAGGUGGCCUACACACAGGCACAGUCCUACGUGCAGGCAUACCUCACGUCCCACCUAUCACAGGGCCAGCAGGCUGGCCAGAACCAAGUGAGGAGUCAUCAACCCAUUCCUACGCAGGCAACUAUUCUCGUUCCACAGCAGCAGAUGGCAGCAGUAGUCAUGCCACCUCAGGUGACUGCUGCCACGCCGCCACGAUCCGCCAUGACACCUGGUACGCCGAUCAGCACGCCUGAUGGACAUGGUGCCGUGUUUUAUCAAGGCAUCGGAUACAUCAGCGGCUCACCGCUGCAGCAGCCGAAGCCUCUCAGGGCGAAGGCACCUGUCGCAACCAUCCCCGUCGGCACGGCGCCGCCCGCCAAUCAGGCGCGCACGUCUCCGCCGAAGUCAAAAUCGGAACGCGCGACGCUCGACCGCGGCCAGCUCAGGCUGGGCAGCACGCCGCAGCAGCUUCCCGUUGCCGUGACGACCGCCACCGCACCCAAGGUGCCCGUGAACGGCGGCGUGGCCAGAUGCGUGGCAGACGGCGGCGGCGUCUUCGCGGUUCCCUACGCUAAUGAGCAGCAGAGUAGAGUGGACACGCCUGAAAUUGAAACCAACCGGAAGUCUGACGACGCUGCCGUUCACUCUUCACCACAGGCGGCUCCGGCAGAGAAGGAGGAUGGCGAGGAGGAGGAAGAGGUGAGGAGUCCCGUCUUCAUCCUGGCUCCGACUCCCGCGCAGCUGCGACGCUGCUCCCUCUCUGACGGCGGAGGACAGCUCAAUGGAGAGAACUCUGGCUCAGCCGACAGCAGCAGCCCCGAGCCACAGAAAAAGACAGUGACGAUAUCAUCAGAUCCGCCAACGAGCGUGAGCGCAGUGCCCACCUAUGCCGCUGGAACACCGGUCCCCCUGAGAGAGGCUCGUAAGAGCAUGCUGAAGCGUGGCUCUGAUGACAGCAUCGAGGGACUGCGGUCGCGUCAUCACCGCGUGUUGCAUGGAGUCGAUUUUGAGAAGAAGUUUGCGGCCCUGCCGGAGUUCAUCCCGAACCCUGGAGCUGAGCUGUGUGCCUCGCUGCCGGCCAGCCCCCGCGCACUCGCCGGUAGCUAUCGCAAGAAACGGCAGCUGUCCACGGACAGCCCGGAUGAGGGCGUCAGCUCGCCGCGCGUUGCUAAGCAACGGCGAGGCUCGAUGAGCGAGGCCGGCACGCCGAAGACGCCGCACAGCGCCAAGUUUGAGGACAACAAGUUCUUUGGCAGCAACUUCAGCCUCGACGCGCUUGCAGAGGCAGCCGCCAUGCACCGCACAGGUUGGAACCCACUGCUAGGUGACUCUGAUGCUGACAUUGGAUCGCCGAAGACACCCAUGACACCGGUGACCCCUGGUGGAUCGGAGAAGAGCUACUCGUCUUUACGGAGAACUCUGGAUCAGAGGCGCUAUCUUGUUAUGCAGCUAUUUCAAGAAAAUAGCUUCUUUCCAACUGCACAAGCGACAGCUACCUUCCAAGCGAAGCACAUGGACAUCUUUCCGAACAAGGUGUGCCUGCAGCUGAAGAUACGCGAGGUACGGCAGAAGCUGAUGUCACAGCAGUGCCCGACUCCCGGAGCAGAGACCGUCUCCAGUCCGCUCACGACGACACUUGGUGCCAGCAGUCAGUUACCUGCUGCUGCUGCAGCUCCGACACCAUCUACACUAGCGCUGCCCCCUACAACCCAGCAAGAGUCGUCGUCAAUGACGCCAGCAUCUGAGGCAGGGGCCACGAGGAAGACAAGUGCGACACCUAGUGACAGUCACAGUAGUAACCAAAGCUAGUGGAACGCACGCGUGCUGAGCUCCUGCAUGUACUCCCUCUGCUGUGUGUGGGUUGGUGUGUGUGUGUGUGUGUGUGUGUGUGCGCGUGCGUGCGUGCGUGUCGCUAUGUUUGUGUGAGUGCAUGUCUCUCUGUGGGUACGUACAUUCGUAUGCACGGUUCUGUGUGGUACAAGUUUGGUGAGUGCGUGCUUGUGUGCGUGUGUGUAUAUGUGUAUGUGUAUGUGUGCGCGUGCGUACGCGUGUGUGAGUACGUGUGUACGUGUGUGAGUCUGCGUGUAUGUGCAUGCUUGAGCAUCCCUUUAUCACGAUUGCUGGGUAUGCAGCUGUGAUAACACGAUGACAAUGAACCGAGCAUAUAGUGGAUGUCGCCAGUUUCGAGAAAGUGAAGCAUGCUCCUGCUACUGGCACACGCGUUCAGUCAUAUGGAGCUUAUAACUGUAGAUAAUGAGGGUUCUCCGCCGCCGACGGGUGCUGCUUGAACAGCGCCAUCUAAAAUAAUCAGAAAGUGGCUAUCUAGGCGUUUUAUUAUUUUGUGAGAUCUUAGACUCGGUAAAUCAAAAGUUGCUGGUGCGAUCGUCACGCAGUCUAAUCGAUGAACUUUCUAGCGUUUACGAGUUUGCCAUUUUUACAAUGUGGUGUGCGUGUAAAUAUGUGAUGUUAAGAUCGAUAAGGGUUUUAUUGAAUCAAUACUGGUUUAUUCGAUCAGAGUGAAGGGCCGUAUGUUGUGCGAUACGCUACGGUGUAUAGUAGUGCCACCGUAAUUUUAUUGCGUGAAGAGUCGCUAUGUGAAUAUUUGUACAUUUAUAUUAUAGACAGUUUAUUAGGUCUUUGUUAGAAUUGUACUGACUGCAGGCCAGCAGGAAGUGUGCGUGUGUGCGUGCGUGCGUGCGUGCGUGCGAGCGUGCGUGCGUGCGUGUACGCGUGCGUGUGGUGUACACGCGUCUAACCGCGCACGUGCGUGUCUUUUGUCUGUGCGUGUCUUUUGUCUGUGCGUGAGUUGCUAAAUCGAUUGGUAUAUUAGUCACGCACGCUAUAUACCCUCUAAACUGUGAUGUGUCAGGUGUGAUUUUGUUAAAAUACAUUUCGAUGAAGGUACAAAUCUAUGCGGUGGAAUCUUAUGGGAGGGAGGCGGAGGAUAAAUGGGAAUAGGGGCGAGCUGAACGGAAGAGUUUAAGGGAGGGACAGCAUAUUUUUAGGUGUUGUCAUCUAGUCUUGCCCAGAAGUGCCCGAACGUGAAAGUCCGUAAUGUGUGUUCAGGAUUGACGUGAAUUCUAGUAGAUGCAAGAUUAGCAUGCACGAGAUUAUAUAUAUAUAUAUAUAUAUCACCAAUCCAGUAUCUUCUUAAAUGAACUCGGAGGUCUGUAUGCCGUAUUAGUUUAUAGGCAGCUGAUCAUGGGUGGGUUGGGGUGGUUGGGGUUUCUCUGAAAGUGACUUUAGUUUUGUACGUGAAUGAAAACACUGGGAUUUUUAAACGUUUUAGACAUGUACUCGCCUGUGUGUAUAUACGUGUUGUGUGUGUGUGUGUGUGUGUGUGUGUGCGUGCGUGCGUGCGUGGCGUGCGUGUGUGCGUGGUGCGUGUGCGUGUGCGUGUGCGUGUGCGUGUGCGUGCGUGCGUGCGUGUGUGUGUUUACAAUGUUCCCUGUUACUUCGCGACUGUAAAUUGUUACACAGCAUAGUUUUUAACGAUCGCACCCGAUUUUAAAUGUUGAGUGAUUGGCCUGCUAUCACGUAAAUAGGGUAGGAGUAUAAAUAAUCGUUGAUUACCAUUGUUUGUUAAUAUUGACACCCGUAUAUAACUACGUUUUAUAUAUAUGUGAGUGGAAGUGGCGGCGGUCCAAAUUCGCAGGCGCACUAGAGUGUGAAUAAGAAGCAGCAUAUCGAAGUAGUGUCACAGUAGCGAGGCAGGAGACGAUGCAUGCUCACCGCAGUACGUCCACGUGAGUUUCACAUCACGUCUAUUUGAUCUAACGUUGAGAGAGAUCGAGGGAAAGUUUUCUAAUCCGGAUCACAGAUGUCCAGCGGUGCACGUCGCUAUGGUUACCCUUCUGAGAGUAGCCCCCGCAUAUCGGAAUUAAGGAAUAUCGGUUAUAUCGGAACAUAAUCUGAAAUAUUGGCAAAACUUGUGCUGAUUGUAUGAACGCGGUUUAUUUAAUAUGCAUUGCUGUUCGACAGCUUUUACUAGCGAAACUGUUCUUACUUUGGGUUGGGCAUGCAGUGGUUGCGUGCUAGUCGUUGUGCUAGAGGUGUGUUUUACGCCGAGACGAAACAAGUUAAAAGAUUGUGCAAUUCAAACUAGCAUUUGAUAGUACAGUGCUUUCCGCUUUAACGGGACAGGUCGGGAACCAUGAAUUCCAGUUUUCCAAUGUUCUGAUUAAGCUGUCGGCCCGAUAAAGCAGUGAACACAAGAACGUGCGUACACGGAUUGUUUAUCAAAGACCUGUCGUUUAAGCAAUGCGAAGGUUUAUACGAGGCCCGAUAAAGCAGGACUACUGUACCAACAACGUGAGACAACAGCAGAGAUGUCUUCUAUGUACCCUGUCGAGUCUUCUUACCGGCUGCAUGAGAAGUACAUAAGGACGCUACCAGGUGGCGCACACGUCGUGGAUUUUGGUGAUUUCACUAAGUGGUAUUGUAAUUCGACAGAAAAUGAGAAAUUCAAUACGAUUUGUCUGUGAGGACACGCGGUAGCAUCCGUUUGUACUGCUAGACCAAUUGAUAGUGAGACUUCACAGACACAUAAAUUAUUAUAACUCUCUCGUACAUAUACUUGGCAUGACAUGCAGGUGCGGUUAAACCUGUGUUAGCGGGCACCUCACACGAACGGACACCUGCCUAUAACGGUUGCUUUUGUUUUUUCCCUUGAGUGGCAGUUAUAAACAGAUUUGAUAGGAUCUAAACAGAUCCCAUGUACACAUGUUGCAUUGUAACAUGUUGCAUUCGCACGUACACCAUCUCCUCAGCCCGCAAUCUCUGUGCGUUCUAGCUCAACGCACUGAUACGCAGUAUACCUACCGCGCACCGCGACUGUCGCCGUGCAUGUGCUCGACUAUCGCACAUUAACGUUAUUCAGGCGUGGUGUUAGAAGCUCUGGCCCCCAUAUAAUAAUCAGUUACAUACAGAUCAUCGGUCGGAAUAGAUGUGUGAUGACAUCAUCCAGCGGCCGUCUAUGGUUAGGGCUGUAAAGCGUCGUAUUACCCCGUACAAACUGCAACUUUGAUCCCACAUCAAACUAGUCCGGGCCUGCCGCGCGCUAAAUGUUUGCAGUGUGUACACGCUAUCUUGCGCUAAAUACCCGCUAGUCCGGACUAACUUAGCCCCGCAAACGGAGGUCGGCCUGUUAGCACGCGCUAAACGGUGUGUGUAUGCAAUCUGGGGCCAGGUGCGGUCUAAAUUUCGCAAUACGCAUGCGCAUAGCCUUAUUUCGGUUACCUAAUAAAGUACAGUAGCGGUCUGCUGAGUGUCGUAACAAGCUAAACUGAGCAUGCGCAGUCAACCCGUGCUAACCUAGCGCUGUUAAACAUUUUGUGUCUGUACGCUGUGAUUUAGCGUGCGCCUAGCGCGGGUCUGGCCCAAGACUAGUUUGAUGGAGGAUCAAAUUUUCCUGUCUGUACGGGGUAUAUAGUGGACUGGUCGAUGUUUGUGAUGUUAUAACGCCGUGUAAACAACAAGGUAAUACGAAACCGGUAAUUCGCGCUAGUAUGGUGUGUUACGUGUGCGUGCGUGCGCGAGUGCGUACAUGCAUGUGUAUGUGUGCGCGCGCGCGCAUGUAUGUUAAAGUUAGCGAGUGCGUAUACGAAAAAGUUUACAUGCUUAUACGGGAAUGUUUACGCUUUGUUAGAAAAUGUCGACGUGGCAAUACGUCUGACAGUUACACGUAAUUGUACAGUCCACCGGCGUGCAUUGUCCAGCUGCAGUGGGGAUUAUACCCAUCCUGAAUCCCCACUAUUAAAUUAGCUGUUGCCAUAAUCUCAUUGAGGUGUCUGUACUGCUGCUGCUGCUGCUGCUGCUGCUGCUGCUCAUGCCACUACAGUUGCAGUUGUGUGAGAUAUCCUGCCGGUUGUCUCACAGCUUGCAGCACAUUUUUAGUUAUUCGAAUGUAUGAAUUCCGGUUUGUCGUUAUAUGAACAGGUGUAUAUACUUAUAUACGUGUAUCGCGCGCGUAGGGGAGAUUGUAUCCCCUUAUGUAUACAAUAUCAAUAUCACCUUGACAGUUUCAGAUGCGCUAUAGCCAUGAGUCAUGUCGGGACGGUGUUCGUAGCUUGAUUAUUCCUCGGCUAUAGCCUAUUUUCGGAAGUACACAGAUGUGUAUGUGUUUAUAACGGAAAUAAAGCCAGAAAAUUACAUAUAUAAAAAA